AUGGACGAGCCUAGUCGCGGGAUACUGAACCGUAGCGGCGCGGGCACAACUUUCGGUACGCAGGGCGCGAACGCCGGCGAUGCGGGAAGCGCGGGCAAGGAGGGAGCAGGGCGCAGAACCUCGUCGCCAAUAGGGGUGACGAUCAAGAUAGAGGAGCCGCCGGAGCAGCGCGGGCGCACACGCAACAAGCAGAGCGGGGCGGCGUUCAGCUCGAGCCGCAGCCGAACCAAGUCGCGGUCGCGCAGCCGCGUGAGCGUGACGGAUCAGGAGUUCCUGCGGUGGACCAUUCUACGCGCGGACCCGUCGGAGAGGCUGCACCUGGGGGCGGUGGAGGACGAGGAGGAUGACGACGAGCUGAGCGACGAGGAGCAACUAAGCGACGUAGAAAACGACUACGACGUCGAUGCAGAGCUGGACUACGACCUCGGCGCCCGCGUGCUGCCCAACUUCGCAGCCAGCAUCCAGCAGGUGCUGGACGUGCAACCCACGUGGCUGGCGCGCUACCGCGCCAGCCAGCCCGCUGGCGCAGCCCGCGUCGACGUGCUCCAGGACACCUGCACCCGUGCCGUCCGCCACUUCGCCAGGCACUCCGGUGCUCCCGGCCCUGCAGGCAAGACGUUCCUGGCCUAUCUCGAAGAUCUCAACGUUUCCGCCGCCGAGAAGCUCUAUGCCCUGACCUACACUUUCGGCGCCGUCCUGGCCAACCACGACACCCUGUACAUAUUUGUUCUGUGCGACGCGGUGGACGUCGAGUCCCACCUCAACCGCGUCGCCGAACAAGUCGCUUUUCUGCUUGACUGCUCGGCCGCCGCUCUCGACGACCUCGACGUUGUCGUUCUCGCGCUCCAGCACGCGUACCCGCGCCACCUCCUGACCGAGACCAUCCACGCCUUCCGCCCUGCCGGCCUCAUCGUCCCCCUUCAGAUUGCCACCCGCUCCUUGGCGGGCUACGUUAGCUCUGUCCCGACUCUCAUCGUCCGCAAGAAGCUUAAGCGCGCCCGUCGCCGGGGUAUAUUCGACUGA